GGCCGCUGUGAAAAGAUGGGCGCAGCAGCACCCACCGGCCCUGCGACGGCAUGUGACCACAAGAGGGAGUCUCGGAGCCGGGGCACGGCUUGGUCCCCGCCCUCCGGAGGGCCACAUCCCCGCUCCAGCCCCUUCUCUGCUUCCCUGCCCCGGGCCCCAGUCGCCGCCUCCCCUCGCCGGCCUCCUGUCCGCGCAAGCCCACGCAGCUCCCCAGAUGAGGAAACCAAGGCCCAAGGCUGCACGAUUAGGCACUUCACCAGCACAGAGGCAGGUAUGGCGGGCGUGGAGCUGCAUGAGGGCACCAUCCAGGUGCAGGGUCAGAACCUCUUCUUCCGAGAGGCUCGGCCGGGCGGUGGGCAGGCUGCCUGCUUCUCCGUGCUGCUGUUGCAUGGUAUACGCUUCUCCUCUGAGACCUGGAAGAACCUGGGCACGCUGCACAGGCUCGCCCAGGCUGGCUACCGAGCUGUGGCCAUUGACCUGCCAGGUCUGGGGCGCUCCAAGGAAGCGGCAGCCCCUGCCCCUAUCGGGGAGCUAGCCCCCAGCAGCUUCCUGGCAGCUGUGGUGGAUGCCUUGGCCCUGGGCCCCCCUGUUGUGAUCAGCCCAUCGUUGAGUGGCAUGUACUCCCUGCCCUUCCUCACGGCCCCAGGCUCCCAGCUCCGGGGCUAUGUGCCAGUGGCCCCCAUCUGCACUGACAAAAUCAACGCUGCUGACUAUGCUGGUGUGAAGACCUCUGUUCUUAUCGUAUAUGGAGACCAGGACCCCAUGGGUCAGACCAGCUUUGAGCACCUGAAGCAGCUGCCCAACCACCGGGUGUUGGUCCUGGAGGGGGCGGGGCACCCCUGUUACCUUGACAAACCCGAGGAGUGGCAUACAGGGCUCCUGGAUUUCCUACAGGGAGCCGGCCAGGCCACAGCGUGGACAUACUCCCAGGCCACCUCGGCCCCAGCCCCGCCUGACAGGAUGAGCAGCUCAGAUGCGGGGCUGGAGGAGGAGCCAGAGCUCAGCAUCACCCUCACGCUGCGGAUGCUGAUGCACGGGAAGGAGGUGGGCAGCAUAAUCGGGAAGAAAGGAGAGACUGUAAAGCGAAUCCGGGAACAGAGCAGCGCCCGGAUCACCAUCUCUGAAGGCUCUUGUCCCGAGCGCAUCACCACCAUCACCGGGUCUACAGCAGCCGUGUUCCAUGCAGUCUCCAUGAUCGCUUUCAAGCUGGAUGAGGACCUCUGUGCUGCUCCUGCAAAUGGGGGGAAUGUCUCCAGGCCUCCAGUGACCCUACGCCUGGUCAUCCCCGCAAGCCAGUGUGGCUCGCUUAUUGGGAAGGCCGGCACUAAGAUCAAGGAGAUCCGAGAGACUACAGGUGCCCAGGUGCAGGUGGCAGGUGACCUGCUCCCCAACUCCACUGAGCGUGCUGUCACCGUGUCCGGGGUGCCUGAUGCCAUCAUCCUGUGUGUGCGCCAGAUCUGUGCUGUUAUCCUGGAGUCCCCACCCAAAGGAGCCACUAUCCCAUAUCAUCCAAGCCUCUCCUUAGGUACUGUCCUUCUCUCCACCAACCAGGGCUUCUCCGUCCAGGGUCAGUAUGGGGCUGUAACCCCAGCUGAGGUCACCAAGCUCCAGCAGCUCUCAGGCCACGCAGUCCCCUUUGCCUCACCCAGCAUGGUGCCAGGACUGGAUCCUGGCACCCAGACCAGCUCACAGGAGUUCUUGGUUCCCAAUGACCUGAUUGGCUGCGUGAUUGGGCGCCAGGGCAGCAAGAUCAGUGAGAUCCGGCAGAUGUCAGGGGCACAUAUCAAGAUCGGGAACCAAGCAGAGGGCGCUGGUGAGCGGCAUGUGACCAUCACUGGUUCCCCAGUCUCCAUCGCCCUGGCCCAGUACCUCAUCACUGCCUGUCUAGAAACGGCCAAGUCUACCUCUGGGGGGACACCUGGCUCGGCCCCCACAGAUCUGCCUGCCCCCUUCUCGCCACCCCUGACGGCCCUGCCCACAGCUCCCCCAGGCCUGCUGGGCACGCCCUAUGCCAUCUCCCUCUCCAACUUCAUCGGCCUCAAGCCUGUACCCUUCCUGGCUCUACCACCUGCCUCCCCAGGGCCGCCGCCGGGCUUGGCGGCCUACACUGCCAAGAUGGCAGCGGCCAAUGGGAGCAAGAAAGCCGAGCGGCAGAAAUUCUCCCCCUACUGAGGCCAGCUGAGGCACAGGCGCGGGGGCAGGCUGGACCGCCGGCAGGGGGCUGCCUCCUCACCUUACCUGCCCAAGGAGACUCCAGUCCCAGGGUCCCAAACGCCGCUAAUGCCCAGACGCAUGGAUGCACUCCCUGUCCUGCCCCGGUCUGUGGGUGUUCCUGCUCUCAAAGUGGGAACAGUUUCCAGCCCAGGGUUCUGGGAGCUGCGGCAGCCCCAGUGUAGGGGGCUCCAUGUCCUCUAGCUCUGUGCUUGGAUGCAGGGAGCAUCCUUAGUGCCCCCAGUUUGGGGGGUCACUCAUGCACUCCCCAUCCCUUAGGGUCUUCCUGCCUACUGCCCCCACUGUGGGGAUCAGGGAGGAGACCUGAGGGGUGGCUGGGGGCCAUGCUUCUCUCCCCACCUCCCUGCAGAUUCCUGCUGCUUCCACUGAUACCCUUUUGACUGGAAUGGACUGACUGGGCUUGGCAGAGGGCAACCCAAAAAGGGGGCACUGCCGGGCAGCUGGGGGAGUGGCAUGGGGGCAGGAGCCGAGUUCUCAGCAGCAGACACUCUGUACAGUUUUUUCAAUCCCUGUUUUUGAAUAAAUAUUCUCAGAGACCAGGAA